CCUAUACCAACAACAUAUUCCACUCAGUCUGAGGAAGACACAAGCGACAUGAGCAAGGGAGGAGGCAUCGUCUCUGAUCAACCAGCUGUGAUCAUGCGGACAGUGGUGCUCCUCCUCAUUAUGGGAAUAGUGGAUCUGAACACCAGUCAGUAUUACAGUCAUUUCCAGUGGCUGUCCCAUCUGCGAGGGCGGCGGCGCCAUGCCGGCUUGUGGGCCGAGGAUGUGGACUGCCCCCUGGAGUGCGACUGCCCCUCAUCCUUCCCCACAGCCAUGUACUGUCACGGCCGCAACCUUCAGCACAUUCCAUACGUCCCCUCACACAUUAAAUACGUCUACCUGCAGCGUAACCAGAUCACAGGCAUCCAGGAUGGGGUGUUUGACAACGCUACCAACUUGGUCUGGGUCGUGCUGUUUCACAACCAGCUCAGCUCAGACAAGAUCGGCAAGAAUGUUUUCAGCAAGCUCAAGCACCUGGACCGGCUUCUCUUGGAUCACAAUGAGCUCACACGUGUGCCUCCCAACCUGCCCAAGUCAGUCACGGACCUGCGACUUGGUCACAACAAGAUCACAAAAAUCCUUUCCAGCUCCUUCGAAGGGAUGGCCAACCUCACCACCCUUCAGCUCCAAGCAAAUGUUAUAGAGGACGUUGGAGGUGUGUUCAAGGGACUGAAGUCUCUGACUAUGCUGGAUAUGAGGAAAAACAAGCUGAAGAAAAUCCCUGACAACCUCCCUGAGAGGCUGCAGCAGCUGUACCUGGAGUUUAAUAACAUAGAGAGCGUGCCGCCGGGCUUCCUCACCAUGAAUCCUAAACUGCAGUUUGUCCGCUUGGCUCAUAACAAGCUGACAGAUAAAGGACUUCCCUCCAAUGUCUUUAAUAUCAGCACGCUGGUUGAACUUGACCUUUCUUUCAAUAAACUGGAGAAGAUCCCUGUUGUCAGUAGGAACCUGGAGAACCUUUAUUUACACGCCAAUAAGAUCAAAGAGUUCUCCCUGAGGAGUUUCUGCGAUAAGGUCGACAUGACAAACUUCUCCAGGCUCAGAAUGCUGCGUUUGGAUGCCAAUGAGAUCAGCGCCAAAGACAUUCCUGCUGAGGCUGCCUACUGUUUGCGGCAUGUUGCCUUUAUUGAUGUGUAGCGCUUCCCUCUCGCUCUCUCUCUCAACUAUAUUCACCCCAUAUUGUUCACAGUCCGCUCCAUCAAAACAUAUUUGAGAUAAUAUGUUGUUUAACUGUGAUGAGAGCUACUAUUAUUCCAGCUAAUUAAACAGUUCCAGUGUUCGUCAACGGGAAAUGCCACAGCUGUAUAAUCACGUAUCCAGAUGAGUGGCCCAUGGAUGACAAACACCAAUGAGAAAAGUCCAGAUGACUUUCCACAAACUAAUUAGAUGAGCAGUCUGAGUAUUCUGGCAAAAGUUGCAUAAAUAUGAUUUAGCAGAUGACCUCUUCUGCCUGUGUCCUGUCUGGCAACGUGCAACCUGUUAAAAGCCUCCUAUCAACAGAGUGAGACUCAGUUUGGAUCUUUGCCUCCACCAUGUGGCACACGGUGAUAAAACAGCAGGUUGAGUAGCCAUGAUACUUCUCAUUAUUGGGCCAGAUCUAUCUAACAUAUCACCAGUGACAGCACUGCUUUUAGUUAAAGUACUUAAUAACUUUUCCAUUAUGUGACCAAGUGUGUCUGUAACACGUGAAAAAUGUAUUUCUACUGAGAGCAGCCUCUUAAAGGAAUACUUCACCCACAAAAUGACCUUUUAUAUAUCAGUCACGCCAUGUUACUUUGAACUCGUGAAGAAAAUUUUGUUUCAUAAUUAAACAAGUUGAUAGGUUUCAUUUUCAAUUCAUUUAUAAUGUGCUUUUGAGCGAAAAGCAUGUAUUUGGGAAGUACUGAGCACACGUCUAGAUAAAUGAGACUUGGAUUAUACCGCACAAGUUGUGCCAGAGUUUGUUAACAGAUGUUUUGAUAGAGUUUUGCUGUUGUUAAAUGCAGUCCUCAAAAACAAUACAAAAGACACGCACAUCCCACUGUCCAACGGAGUGGGUGCUGGACCAAAGAAACAUCUGGCAAAGUAUGAAACAAAUAACAAGCAGCUCCUGUUUGGAAGGGUUUAAUGCAGAGUGAAUAUGGUACUUUAUCAAUCAAUAAAUAUGUUAAGUAUUUUCCAUGGAGGUAUGCAACAGAGACUGAGUUGUUGUUGCAUGUCUCUGAGGUUCGCUAUCCAAACUAAGAUGGUCAUUUUGUGGGAGGAAACUUCUUUUAAAAAACUGUAUCGAAUAACGUUUGUAAAACAUUUACGUCUUUUUGGGGUUUAAUUUCUGAGCCAGUGUGUAUUGUAAUGUAUAUUAGAUGAGCUUGACCUGUCAGUAACCUAAUGUCAGGAUAUUUCACAUGAUUGACACAAUUUUGUUUGUAUCCUACAUCACCACUUUGUACCUAUUAUUACAUCUGAGAAAAAGCAAUGUUUCUUGAGUUUUUUGUGUCCCUAAUUGUUGACAGUGAUAGAUUAUUUUAGCAACAGCAUGUUGUGUUUUCUCUAAUUUGAAGGUAGAAGAAGGCAGCGAGAUUGGGAGAGAGAAAAAGGGCGGCAGUUGUCCUAACAACUAACCGGUCUUAGGCUGUUCCCACAUAUUUAUUGUUGAAGACAACUUGCCUUUUCAUCUUGCACAGCUGCCUUUAAUCCUCUGUAGAAAGGCACUCAAUUGAAUUAUAGAAAUACUUUCCUUGUUUUGUAAUGCAGCAAAGUCUCGGGAUGAAGAAUGGAUUACUGCCAGUGUAACGGUAGUUUGCACACUGAUAAGUGGUAGCCUGUGAAAUUAGUGUGUUAUAGGCCAUGAUAUAUUACAGGCUGCACACAGUUCUGCAGCGGCCGUGGGGUAGGGCCGUGUUGUUGUUUUUUUAAGCCUUCACUUCCUACACAGAUUCCUUAAGAACAAAAUAGAGGCCAGCACACAUGCGCACAAUCAUGUGGGAAUCUUUUUGACAAGAUUUACUGAUGUGGUCUCCUCCUCGAGACGCAUACAUUUCAAAUGUGUGGGGAAUAGCCAGAUUCCUCUCCAACUCAGACGUUAUGCAAUUGAUUAUUAUAAAACAAGAGGCUGGGCCAUCACUGAGUAAACAUGAGUGAAAGUCAUGACAACACGAGGGAAUGCACUGCCCCCGCUCUCUCUGUCUCUUUUAGUACUGUCCUGUUAUUUACCACCAUGCAGUCAGGAUAAACUAUCAUGCAUGUGUAUGAGUUAACUAUAGUAGCAUGUUAUUCCCACCAGCUCUUGUCGUGCCCUGCACAGUGAGGACAUUCCUUGUGUAGCUACAGCAGCGACUGGGGUGUUUCUAUUGGGAUCGUAUCUCAGCCUCUCUGCCACUAACAACAGCUCAGUGUGUUUUAUCAUUGACAGAAUAUUCUCCAGAAUCCGUGUUGAAACCAUACUGAUUUGUUAAGAAAU